AUGUCGGACGUUUUCGAAGAGUUUCGACACGUCAACGGCGAAUUGAGAAAGGUGGAGGACGGUGAUGUCGGUGCGCGCGGGGAUUUGAGUGCGAACGCUUCACUGAGCCCGCCGUGGAUGCGCGCGGGGUCGAAGCCGAAGGCGGGCGGAAAGCGCAAGCGUAGAGGCGACGCCGACGCGGACGACGAUGAUGGAUUCGUCGUGAGCGACGACGACGGUGACGAUGAGGAAGAGAUCGACGAGGAGAACGAGAUGAGCGUCGCGAGCGAAAGCUCGCUGGGAAGCGCGAGCGACGAGGAGGUUGAUGGGUUCGGAAUGAGCGCGGGGUACGAGCGCCAGAGCGGAUACAACCCGGUGGUUGCUGGGUUUCGCGCGCCGGCGAGGAACAGCGGCGGCGGCUCGAAGGCGGUGGCGACAACGUCGAAGUUGACUUUCAACAUGAAGAGACCAUCAACCUCGGCGGCGCAGCAGCAGCAGCAGCAGGCGUCGGACGACGAGGCGAGUCUCAGUGGGAGCACGACGGACGACGAGAGUGUGAGCGCGAGCGAGUCGGAGGACAUCGACCUCGGGUCGAAGGCGAGGAGCGAGACUAAGGCCAAGCUCGACGCGUUGGCGGCGCAGGCCAGAGAGGCGCGCGCGGCGCCGAGUUAUCGACAGCGGGAGGAUUAUGUCGCGCAGCGAGAGGAGGAUGAGUUUGAUGAAUAUCGCCCAGACGCGGAGGACUGGAAGAGCGCCGGCGAGCAAGGUGAUGCGGAUGACGAUCGCGCGUACGAGGAGUGCAAAAAUAUGUCCAAACGAUUGAGAAACACGCUGAAGGAAGCACAGAACGCCGCGAACGGCAAGUUACCGGUGUUUUCGGUCGACAACGUCGUCGAGGCGACUGGAGGGCGGGAAAGCGGUACAUUCGCAGUCAAUCUCAAACCGUAUCAAAUGGUUGGCGUGAAUUUUCUCAUGUUGUUACAGCAAAACGGAAUUCCUGGGGCGAUUUUGGCCGAUGAGAUGGGUCUCGGGAAGACUGCGCAGGCCAUUGCGUUCAUUGCCACCAGUAGGUAUCAUCCAAAUGCUGGCGUGCACGCGGAGAAAGGCGUGCGCUGGCCGCGCGUAGAGACCAAGGCCAAUCCUGUUCUCGUCGUAUCCCCGGCGAGUCUUCUCGAGAACUGGAAGCGGGAGCUUGGGAUGUGGGCGCCAAAUCUGCGUGUCGGUGUAUUUCACGGAGAAACGCGCGUCGAGGUUCGUCAGACGGAAGAGUUUCAUCGCCAACACACGGGCGAGUGUUGCUUCGACGUCAUCAUUGUUUGCUAUUCUUUAUUUGAGCGUGAUUCCAUUGAAUCACAGGACAACCGAUCGUGGUUACAAGGAAUGGAAUUUUCACAUCUUAUCCUGGAUGAGGCGCACUUACUGAAAAACAGAGACGCCCAGCGCACUAUUCGCCUGACGCGUACGGCACGAAAGGCGCACUAUCGACUUCUUCUCACUGGGACGCCGCUGCAAAAUAACCUUAGGGAAUUAGAAGCGCUCAUCGAGUUUGUUCUGCCCGGACUGCUCAAAGAUGGUGAGCUAGGAGACGGUAUCGAUGACGAACAGGCAGAGCGCCGCGUGACAAAAGUUCGCCGCAUUUUGGAACCGUUCGUCCUUCGACGAUUGAAGGAAACGGUCGCGACGCAGCUCGCUCCGAAGACACAGGUGAAGGAAGUCAUCAAGAUGCACGACACGCAGGCCGAGGCGUACAAAAUUGCUGUGGAGAGAAUUCGACGGGAAGCACUAGAAGGCAAGGGUAGUAACGGAACCGGAACAGGCUUGACGCAGUCGCGCUUGAAGGCCAUCUUUGUCCACCUGCGAAAGGUUGCAAAUCACCCUCUGCUCGUGCGCAGCAAGUACACGGAUGAGGACCUGGUUGAAAUCGCUGAACAGUGCCACCAACGUCGAAUCUUCGGCCCUGACGCUCGCUUGGAGCGGGUUAAGACGCACGUCGAUAGUUUGAGCGACUUUGGUCUCCAUCAGCUCUGCGGGGACUUCAUGCUUCAGGGCGCGCUGAGGGAGAAACUGCUGAGUCCCGAGUGCGGCCUCGAGAGCGCAAAAGUGCAGCGCCUGCGAGAGCUACUGGUCGAAUUGAAAGCAAAGGGCUCGCGCGCGCUCAUCUUCUCGCAGUGGAAGAUCAUGCUAGACAUAUUGGAAUGGGUGCUCUGCCACGUUGGUUUCUCCUACGCCAGGCUCGACGGAGACACCGCGGUGGAGGAGAGACAAGAGCUCGUCGACAAAUUCAACGCCAAGGACUCGUCCUUAGACACCUUCCUCCUCUCCACGCGCGCCGGAGGCCAGGGAUUGAACCUCACCGGCGCCGAUACCGUCAUUUUACACGACUGUGACUUCAACCCGCAGAUCGACCGCCAGGCCGAGGAUCGCUGUCACCGCCUCGGACAAGAGAAACAAGUUACGGUGUACCGCUUCGUCACCGAGGGAACCGUCGACGAGAAAAUCGUCGCCAUCGCCGAGCACAAGAUGAACCUCGGCAGUACCAUCCUCGCCGAGGGCGAGCAGGCGAAACCCGACUCCAAGGAGGAGACGCGCGCGAUGCAGAGAAUCAUCGAGGAGCUCGUUCACGGCUCGUAG